AACCCAAGGAUUGCCCCGAGUUAAACAUCAUUCCACGGAGUAAGCUCGAAUCGAAUUUUUCGAAAAAAAAACAAUGUCCUCCUCCCGUACUGAUUGUCUUUUAAUCGCGUUUAUUAGUGUGAUCGUAAUUUUCGUCGCUUGUGUUUCCGGAGACUACGAAACAAGAGGAAGUGACUCCCUAAGUGAAAAUGGCGGCGAAAGGACACCACAAGAAAGAAACGAUUGUAUAACUCAUAAUUGUAUGAAAAGAACUGUCAAUAGCGCACCAGGGGCAAUGUGGUUUGGUCCAAGAUUAGGCAGACGGCGAAGAUCUGGUCAAAAAGCUUUAAAUUUCCGACAAAUUGAAGCUGUCACAGAAGAUAAAGAAACGGCAAAAUUCACUCCACGAUUGGGUCGAGAAUUGGCUGAAGAAAUUUUAUUUGGUGACUUUGAAGAUUUUCCCGAACAAAAUGAGAGACAAGAGUUUUAUGAUGAAGUACGACCUAAGCCAUUGUGGAUCUUUCGAAAAGGAAGAGAAUCACAGGUUCCAUUUCUUCCCAUACCAAGGCUUGGUUGACAAUUGCAAUAGUUAUUUAAUAAUGAAUCUAAAAUAUUCAUUGUAUUUGAGAUUUAAGACUUUACUGCAAAAUAAUUUUAUCUAUUGUUGUUUUGUGUAUUAUUAUUAUUAUUAUCUUUAUGUACAAGUUGUCAAAAAAUUAUUCCGUUUGUAUAUUAUGUUAAUUUUAAUUACUACAUUCCGAUCAACCUAAUUGACUAAAAUCGACGGAUGUUGGUUUUCGUUAUAUUUCCAUUUAUUAUCACUUUUACCCUAAAUUCUGGUAAAUAUUGUAAAAUAAAGAAGAUUUCAGAACAGAUUUUCUAUUUUAAAUUAUUCUUUUCAAAAGGCAUAGGGAUCAAACAUUGACGCUUUAGUUCAUGUUAUUA